AUGCGCUCAGCCAUUAUCAUCGCUAUCGGGGCCACUCUCGCCUCCGCUUCCAGCCCUGUCGAAAAGCGCGAUGCCAAAGAAUGUGCAUCACUCGCUCAAGACUUCCUCCCCAAGUUGACCGACAUUCCCACCCCCGAGGGAUCACUCCUCAGCUUCAUCGCCAGCAAGACUGAGCUCGCCACCUUUACCAACAGCUGCGAGUUUCCCCACGUCACCGGCACUAUGGCUAAGGAGUACUCUUCCUACGUCGACAAGCUCAGCUCGUGGUACAAAGAUCAAGUCAGCGACGUUUCUGAGCUCAUGGCGGCCUGUUCCGACGUUCCUGAGGUCAAGACUGAGCUUGACAAGCUAAAAACCAACGGUGCUCUUUGCAGCGAGCUUUCCUGGGCAAAGGAGACUGGCUCUGCUUCUAGCAGUUCCGACGACGACAAGAAGGACGAUGACAGCAAGAAGAAGGACGAGGGUAACGCUGCCGGCCUCAACACCAUCGCAGCCGGUGUCGUCGUUGCUGUCGCUGGUAUUGCCGGUGUCAUGAUGCUUUAA